AUGGCCCCUGCUAGCCGGGCUGUUGUUUUGGUAGCGUUCUCACUACUCUACCUGUGUCGGGCGAUCAUCUCCACCGAGUAUUUCUCCACCCUGACUCUGUUCAACAAUGAGCUCCACAAGCAGGGAUGCAGCUCGCUGUCCGACUGGGAAGAGUACGCGGCAGACUGCGAGUCCUCAAUUUUACAGUUGGAAGACCCCGACUGUGAUGAGGGAAGCAACCCAUCCUGCGAGUCGGUCUUCUCACUUAACGCAGAGAAGAUCCUGAACCAGGCCAAGUUGUUCAUAGAACAGAAAAAAAUCCCCUUCCCUGUAGAUAACCACAACACAAACGAAGAACUUGCUAUAGGAUAUGUUCUGAUAGGCAACGGCCUUUAUGAUGAAGCGAUUAAACAUUUCUCACUCUUAUUACAGGGUGACCCAGAGCUGGUUAGUGCCAUUUAUGGGAGGGGGAUAGCUUAUGGAAAAAAAAGUCUACAGGAUAUAAAGAAUGCUGACUUGGCAUUGUACGAGCUCAACCGAGUCAUCACCCUCGAGCCAAACUGGCCGGAGGUCUACGAACAGAGAGCAGAGAUCCUGUCUCCUCUGGGUCGUAUCAGCGAGGCUCUGGGCGAUCUGACCAAAGCCAUCCAGCUGCAGCCCUCAGCUCGUCUCUACAGACACAGAGGAACGCUGCUUUUCAUUUCAGAGGACUACGUGGCAGCUAUGGAAGACUUCCAGCAGUCUUUGGAGCUGAAGAAGAAUCAGCCUAUCGCCAUGCUUUACAAAGGCCUCACUUUCUUCCACAGAGGCAUGCUCAAGGAAGCCAUUGAGACAUUCAAAGAGGCACUGAAGCUGAAGUCUGACUUUAUAGAUGCGUAUAAGAGCCUAGGACAGGCCUACAGAGAGCUGGGUGAUUUUGAGUCGGCAAUGGAAAGUUUCCAGAAAGCCCUCAUGCUGAACCAGAACCACAUCCAGUCUCUCCAGCUCCGAGGCAUGAUGCUGUACCACCAUGGCUCACUGCAGGAGGCCAUAGGCAACUUCAAGAGAUGUCUUCAGUUGGAGCCCUAUAAUGAGGUGUGUCAGUACAUGAAGGGGUUGAGCCACGUGGCCAUGGGACAGUUCUACGAGGGCAUCAAAGCACAGACUAAAGUCAUGUUGAACGAUCCUCUGCUGGGACAGAAGGCCAGCUCCGAAUACCUCAAAGUGAAAUACCUCAGAGAGUACUCACGCUACCUGCACUCCCACCUGGAUAUUCCCGUAGCUGAAUACAACGUGGACCAGGAUUUACCAGGGAACUUCAAGAAUCACUGGGCCAAGAACCUCCCUUUUUUAAUAGAAGACUAUGAGGAACAGCCGGGCCUGCAGCCACAUAUCAAGGACGUGCUGCCGCAGAACUUUGACAGCUACAGCAGUGAAGUUCAGAAGCUGAUAUGCACAGCCGACCAUCUGGGGGCGCUAAUGCAAUAUGACACUCCUGGUUUCUUACCAAACAGGAGAAUACACAGAGCCAUGGGUUUAGCAACUCUGGAGGUCAUGCAGGCCAUGCAUCGAACAUGGAGCAACUCCAAAGUGCGAGUCAAUGGCAAGACCAGGCAAAUGCAGUGGAGAGACAUGUUCGACAUAGCUGUCAAAUGGAGGAGGAUCGCGGAUCCAGACCAGCCAGUUCUGUGGUUAGACCAGAUGCCUGCCAGGAGUCUCAGUCGAGGCUUCAACAAUCAUAUCAAUCUCAUCAGGGGACAGAUCAUCAACAUCAGAUACCUGGCUUACUUUGACAACAUCCUUGACUUCAUCAAAGACAGAAUACUGGUGUACCAUGGGGCCUACAACCCCAGAGGCUUACUGGAAGUCCGUCAGGCUCUUGAAAAUGUCAACAAAGUCGAAGAUCUUCUUCCUAUAAUGAAGCAGUUCAACAGUAAAACCAGAGAUGGCUUCACAGUCAACUCCAAGGUGCCGAGCAUGAAGGAUCCUGGGAAGGAGUACGAUGGUUUUACCAUCACCAUCACUGGAGACAGGGUGGGCAACAUGUUAUUCUCAGUAGAGACCCAGACGACAGAAGAGAGGACGCAGCAGUACCAGUCGGAGAUAGAGUCCAUCUACAAAGACCUCACCGCCAAAGGAAAGGCAUUAAUGCUGUCCACUGAACUAGGGGAUGCAGAUGCCUUGUGUAACCUGAUCCUCUCCUUGGUUUAUUACUUCUGCAACCUCAUGCCCCUCUCAAGAGGAUCCAGUGUGGUGGCCUACUCAGUCGUGAUGGGGGCACUGAUGGCCAGUGGGAAGGAGGUCAUCGGCAGGAUCCCUAAAGGAAAGCUGGUGGAUUUUGAAGCCAUGACCACACCGAGUCCAGACAGCUUCAGUAAAACAGCGAAGACCUGGAUGAAUCUUAAGAGUUUACCAAACUGGUACCAGAGUCUUCCAUCUGUAGCAGAGACCUUCCCGUCUACCAGAACGAUGAUAGAGGUUCUUAAUACAGACUCGUCUUCACACUGUCCAAAGAAGUCUUAACGCAGCUUCUACGCAGGAGAGAAAUCUGUUCAAUAAAGUCUUAAUAAUAGAGCUUCUACACUGGGCAGAACAAAAGGGACUGUCUUCUUCUGCAGCCCAAACAAAACUGGACUAAGUUCUCCAGAAUCAUCUCAGCUUUAAUGUUUAUAGUUUAAAUUUUAAGAAAGAAAAUCAUAGAGCUGCUUGACACAUUUGGGAAACAGUCUCUUUCCCUACGUCCCCAUUAAAGGUGAGCUGAUAGUGAUAACAAAGAGGCUUUUCCUCUGAGGUGAUUUAGUUUUCCCAAAACUAUCAUUUAUUUUAUUUUGAUACCAAAACACUUUUCCAGAUCCUGCUUUGUUCUCUGUCAUCUUUCCUUCAAUACGUUUCACACACGUUUCCUCUCAUCAGCUCUGAUAGGUACCAGUAUUUGUCUCCUGGUACCGCUUUGUCAACCUGUUAAAUAUCGAAUCAGUCAGCAACAAAGUGUUGAGCUUUUCUUGCUGUGAAUUCGUCCCUGUGUUUCCACACUCCACUUAUUUUGGAGAAAUGACAGAGAACAUCACAGCAGGAUAUUUCAGUUAGUUUGGGAUGCAGAAGUGAUUCUGUCCACCCUCUCUCUUUCUCUGCUUCAUAGGCCUCGUGCUGAAACACCCAAAGCACAAAAUGCAUCUCAAGAACCAUCAGCAUGAACAAUCUUUUUGCUGCAUAGACAUAGACAUGCCAAAAUCACUAGAUUUAGAUUACAUAGAAUGUUAAAUUGGAUCUUAAUUUGUUAACGAUUGUUUGUUAAGUGUUGGAUUGACACUGUUAUGUUAAAAAAAAACUUUUUAUUUAACAUUGAAGAUUGUAAUUGGCACUUUAAACUUUACUUUAACCACUGCUGUGCUCAGGCACAGUCCAGCCUAUCAGCAGAGAAGGAGCGCAGGGAUUUUAAAGAUAUGAAACAAACCUUCAGGGCUAUUGAAUUCCACUUGGGAUACUUGAAGCAGUUUCUUUUAUUUUGUUUUCUCAACACUUGCAGGUAGUGUCACUUCUCUUUUCGGGUAUUGAACCCCGCUUUCUUUUAAUGUGACCAAUAAUAGGUUGGUUUAAAGACGGGUUGGCUGCUGAACUAAAACGAGAGGAACAGUCAGAGAUUUUAGAGAAUGAUCAGAGACCUAAUUGUUGGUUUACACUGAAAAGAUUAGUCAGUUAAUAAGUUAGUCAGUCAACAGAAAAUUAAACCAGUUAGAAAAACAAGCUUAAUCAUUUAAAUGAUUUAUCAAACAAAAACAGAUAUUUCUGCUUUUCUCUCCUAUGAUUUAAAUAUUUUAUGGAGUUUUCUUUAAAGUUUCUUUGACAUUUGCAAUUUGACAGAAAUGAAGAAAGCAUCAGAUUAUUGGUUCAGAUAAUGCAGAUUCAUAACAAUAUUACCAGGCCAUGUUACCUCAGGCUGUACUUUAUGAAGAGAGAAAGAGCAAGGAGAGAAGGAGCAACAAAAUUAUUUUCUUUUUUUUGGAUCUCACCUUUAAAAUAUAAGAAGCAGAAAUCCAAACUACAAAGUUAAGGCUCCUGAAUGUUCUCUGAUAUCUCUGACUGUUGGAUCUUGUUGAGGAUUAAUCGUAGAUGAGGAAAAGCACACCUCAUACUGUUGUUUCCUUUGCUAUCAUUCCUUAAGCUUGCAUUGAAUGGCAUCUGUGUCUCUCAUAUUUCUUUUAUUUGGAUUUCUGUAAUAUCUAUUGUUAUGUUUCCUUGUAUAAGCUGUUCUUUAUUUUACACCUCAGCAAUAGUUUGGGAGAAAAGAGCUCUUGUCCCCUUUUUUCUCUUCAGGCUUGACAAGAUUGAAUUCUGGGCUGCACAAAAUGAAUGAUUUAGUAAAUGAUUAGGUUUUCAUAGAUAUCGAACAUUGUUUUAUUCUGGUAAAUGGGGUGAUCCUGUGAGGGAAGUUAUGAUGUGAUGUUUACAUGCAGCAGCCUUAUGAAACUAAAGACUUGAGUGUCAGAUAUUGAGACUACGUUAGUGUGUAUGCAGCUGCUGUCUGUGGUGUUUUUUAAUGACUCAUCAAUGUGAGUUUAAGCACAAGGAUAAAAAGGGGUCAGCAGAUAAUUCACCUGGAAUGAUCUAAAAAUAUCGAGUGGUUUGAACAAAUUUUUAGCAGCGCUCAUUUUUAAAAUUGCAACUUUUAUGAUUUAGAGGCCUUUAAAAUACCAUCAGUGAAUGUCCGGUUUGCUAAUUUUGUCAUUCAAUCAGUUCAUUUCCCACAUUACUGACAUCUGACAGCCUACACUCGUUUUGCUUUGUGUCACCUUUUCUUUUUCAUAUCGAUGAUUGUGCAGACUGGUUGUCAUUUUAUUUUUUUGCACUCUGUGACCCAGUCAUUAAGUGCUACGGUGGGCUUUGGAGUGAGGAGUGCACGACCUGUCUUAAAGCUUAAAACUUGAAAGGAGGGAUUUUUUUUUUUUUUUUUUAAAUGAAUGAGUGAAUUGAAUGUUCAGCAGUCAAUAAAACUGGUUGACAGUU